GGAGCCAAUACACGCCCCACAGCUUCCGUCAGCAGCCAAUCCGGCGGCGGCGGAGGCGGACCCGCGGCCGCAUUCUCACACUUGGUUUCACUGUGCGCUCGUAAAAACGGCUCCGUCUACUACGAACGCGGCGGUGCAGGUGCUCUGUCUCUUCGGGAGAGAGAAGGAUGCGGAUGGAAGGACGGGGGAGGGAAGGGACGAAGGGAAGCGCCGCGAGGAGCAAGAAGCAGAUAUGAGAAGGGGAUCCGGCGAGAGUCCGUGAGGCUGCAAGGUCGAAUAUGAGAGAUUGGUUGAACGGGGCACUUUGCGUGGUAAUAGCUGGUCGGCAAUAGUACUAUGAUUUGGUAUGUGGCCACUCUGAUAGCAAGUGUAUUCAGCACCAGAGAAACGGCCGCUCAAGGUGCCCACGGCGUGAGAGAGGAGCCCCGGUUUGUGACGGCGCGCGCUGGAGAGAGCGUGAUCCUGGGGUGUGACGUGUCCCCUCCCCUGGAUGGCCAGCAGCCUCCCUAUGUGGUGGAGUGGUUCAAGUUUGGAGUGCCUAUUCCCUUCUUCAUCAACUUCCGCUUCUACCCUCCUCAUGUGGAUCCAGAGUACACAGGGAGAGCCUCUCUGCACGGGAAGGCCUCUUUGCAGAUUGACCCGGUUCGCUCCGAGGACCAGGGCUGGUACGAGUGCAGGGUCCUGAUGCUGGAGCAACAGUAUGACACCUUCCACAACGGCAGCUGGGUGCACCUCACAGUCAACGCGCCGCCUUCAUUUACAUCGACGCCGCCGCAGUAUGUGGAGGCGAAGGAAGGGGGAAGCACCCUGCUUAGCUGCUCUGCACAGGGAAACCCAAAACCAAUGAUCAGCUGGCUGAGAGAGGGGGAGGAGCUAGCAACCAACGCUAAAUAUUCAGUGCACGAUGGCAGUCUAACCGUUCUUGGCAUCACCAGAGAUGACAGAGGGGCGUACACUUGCAGAGCGUACAGCGACCAGGGAGAGGUGCUUCACACGACCCGUCUGCUUGUUCAAGGACCUCCAUACAUCGUCUCACCGCCUGAAAACGUCACAGUAAACAUAUCACAGAAUGCACUCUUCACCUGCCAAGCGGAGGCGUAUCCUGGCAACCUGACCUACACCUGGUUUUGGGAAGAGGACAACGUCUACUUCAAGAAUGAUCUGAAGCUCCGAGUGCGCAUCCUCAUCGACGGCACGCUCAUCAUAUUCCGGGUCAAGCCCGAGGAUGCAGGGAAAUACACCUGCAGUCCGAGCAAUAGCCUCGGCAUCUCGCCCUCGGCUUCAGCCUACCUGACUGUUCAGUACCCAGCCCGAGUGAUCAACAUGCCUCCGGUCAUCUACGUGCCACGGAAACUGCCAGGCAUCAUCCGCUGCCCUGUGGACGCCAACCCACCUGUGACAUCCGUGAAGUGGGAAAAAGACGGCUACCCGCUCCGAGUGGAAAAGUACCCGGGAUGGAGCUUAAUGCCAGAUGGAAGUAUCCGGGUGGCAGAAGCCACAGAGGACUCCCUGGGCACCUACACCUGUGUGCCUUACAACGCCCUGGGUACCAUGGGCAUGUCCCCCCCUGCCACUUUGGUGCUAAAGGAUCCCCCUUAUUUUAACGUAAGGCCUGGGGGGGAGUACCGUCAGGAGGCAGGGAGAGAGCUAGUAAUCCCUUGUGCUGCUUCUGGAGACCCUGACAUACCAACUAUCACCUGGAGAAAGGUGGGAAAGCCGAGCAGGAGCAAGCAUAACAUCCUACCCAGCGGCAGCUUACAGUUCCUCUCCCUCAGCAAGGAGGACCAUGGAGAGUGGGAGUGUGUAGCCACCAAUGUGGUCACAAGCAUCACUGCCAGCACGCGCAUCCUAGUCAUCGGCACCAGCCCGCAUGCUCCUGGCAACAUCCACGUGUUACCCUCUACGACUUCUGCUAAUGUGUCCUGGGAACCAGGUUACGAUGGCGGCUUCGAACAGACUUUCUCUGUGUGGUACGGUCCAGUGUCAAAGAGAACAGACUAUGGUCCUCAUGACUGGCAUUCAAUGCCAGUUUCUGGUGCUCAGACCUGGUUGGUGGUGCCAGGGCUGGAGCCUGGGACGGAGUACCAGUUCAGUGUGUUGGCUCAAAACAAACUGGGCACGGGCCCAUUCAGUGAAGUUGUGACAGUCACCACUGCAGGCACUCCCCUGGGUACCGCUGAACCACUGGUGCUUCUUACUCCACCACGGUGCCUCACAGCCAACCGCACGCAGCACGGUGUCCUCCUCACAUGGCUUCCUCCAGCAAACCACUCCUCACCCAUCGACCGCUACAUCAUGGAAUUCCGCCUCGGGGAGAAGUGGGAAGUUCUGGAUGACUUGAUCCCGUCCACCGAGACCGAACUAAUAGCAAGGGACCUUGUUCAGGAGUCCUGGUAUGAGUUUCGGGUGAUGGCAGUUAUGGAUGAUCUGAUCAGUGAGAGCAGCAACGUAGUGGGAGUAUCCAGCACCGACCCCUUCCCCGCAGCAGAGUUGCCUGAGGAAGGGCUGGCGCGACCUGUCGUGGCAGGUGUCGUGGCAACCAUCUGUUUUCUUGCAGCAGCAGUGCUAUUCAGCACUUUAGCAGCUUGCUUUGUUAAUAAGCAACACCGUCGGAAACUCAAGCGUAAACCAGAUCCUCCCUUGUCGGUGACACACUUCAGGAAAAGCAUUGAGUCACCGUUAUCAUCAGGGAAGAUAAGUCCAGAGAGCUCCCCUCCAUCUCGACCCCGCUCUCUUUCGUCGGAGGGUUCCCACGGUCCAGGCCUCUACGUCAGAAAGCUGCCCAGCCCUCUAAAAGAAAAAGACAAAGAGCUUUCCUUCUACAAGAAAACCAAGCGUGCCAUAGCCAGCAAGAAAUACAGUGUGUCCAAACAUGAGGCUGAGGUCACCACGCCCAUUGAGCUGAUAAGCCGAGGCCCCGAUGGCCGCUUCAUUAUGGAGGCCAGCCCACCUCCCCGCCGAAUCCAGGGCUUCCCCUUCGCAGAGGAGUCUGACUUGUACCCUGAGUUCCGGCAGUCUGAUGAGGAGAAUGAUUUUGACCCCGGGCCUCUGCCACCCAUCAUGCCCACGCUGAGGCCCCAACUCUCCCCAACAUCCUCCAGCCUGGAGUCAACGCAGCCCCCCACCUACAGCCCCCGCCUACACAGACCCAUGGAAGGUAUGAGCUUUGCAGAGGGCAGUGCUCUUCACGCCUCAGGGCAGGCCCCGUCCUCCCGCUACAGGGGCUUCCCCCAGGGCCCGUUCUAUGGCUAUCUAGGCAGUCGUAUUGAAUCAGGGAUUCCACCACCAUUCUACAUGCCUGACAUCAGCCCACGUAGCUCCGCUUUGUCCUCACCCCCAGGCACCGCGGAGGGGCCUUUUGGUUACCCCUCCAUUCCUGAGGAGAGUGGAGAAAUGGAGCACCAUCAGUACACUGCCUCUGGCCAUUCUCUGUCUCACACUCACAGCCCUCCUCCUCGCUCAUCUGAAAGCUGGCAGCCUCAUGAGUUACCAUUCCUGGGUCUUGAAGGCCCCCGGUUCAUAUACCCGCCUCACCAUCCUUUAAAUCAUCAUCCCCAGGACCUCCCUGACCCGCCCCCUUACCCCCCGCACUCUCUUCCCCCUAGUCGCCUACACCUUUCAUCCCUAAAGGAUCCAUCGAGCCCUGGACUCCUGCAGCUGGAGGUCCCUGUGGCUCCACCAGGCAGAGACAGGACUCCAGGGCCUCCGGUUAGGCGUUUAGCUAUGCAACAGGCCCAGAGUCUCGGCCAGCUCAGACACACGGCCCACGGUGUGGGUGUACCAGUGUUGCCUUACCCUGACCCGGCAGCCCGUGCAGGGAGCCCAAGCACAGCCCCCAGCAGUAGCCCUCAGUCCUGGCUCAGCCCGAGGGCAGGGCGCCGGGCAGACCCCAGCCUACCCCCCUUAGUACUCCAACCCUCCCGUCUUUCUCCACUCUCCCAAAGCCCCCUUAGCACCCAGCCGGGUUCCCCAGAUAUUCUAGUGCGGCCCCCUCCACGUCCCAGCAUCCUCCGCACCUCUAGGUCUCUGGAGAUGCCUGAGAUCACCCUGCAGCCCACGGCCACAGUCAGUUUCUCUCGAAGGUCCUCCCUGACCACCUCUCCCACUCAGAGCCAGGGUGCCAAGCAGCCCAGCCCCAGUUACCACAUGUCCUAUGCCUCCACUGCAGCCAGUUACCCUUCCCAAUCCCCAUCUCCUCCUCCAGAAGGCAGGGAUGUUUUUGGGCAGAGGCCAUCCCAGAGAAGGACAGAGGAGGAAAUGCUACCUUCAGAGCCCUCCCAGCUCCAGAUAUCAGCCUCAGGGGAACCUCUAGGUGCGUCUAGCGAUACUGCCGGGUCUGAGAGCUUACCAGCACUACUACACCACUGUAUUACUAAGGCCAAGGGAGUGGCUGCCAACAACAAUAACAACAUAACAUCCACCAGGAGAACAGAUGUGUCUCCCUCUCAGACCCAGCAGAAAUCCCAGACACCCCAAGACGGAAAGGAGCUCAACCUCCACAGAAAGAGUAAAAAGCAAAACAAAAAGAACCCAUACCGCUAUCUGACCUCCUUCCUUCAUCAAAGGCAGUCCGAGGAGGACCAGACAGGCAUUCUGGCCAGUGCAGACUCUGAGGGCCAAAAUUAUGGAACUCUACACUGACCCGCCUGCCCUACCCAAGCCAUUGGACUCGACUCAACUGGCCCCUUCCACAAUGAAACAAAAGGAAAGAUCACCUCAGCUCUCCUUGCUCCCCCGCCGUAACAAACAAAUGUGUUUCUUAUAAUCUCCAGAGGUUUGAUUUGUAUUUGCGGAGCAGGAAAGCUGAAUCCUCUGGGGUUUGAAAUCUAAUCUGAAGACAAGAACAAUGGCAUUUUUUUUCUGAGGAAUUUCACUUGAAAAUGCUCUGAAGAUAUAUAAUGUAAAUAAAUAGUAAAACAAGAGAAUUAAGCUUCCUCUUACAGUAAUAAAAUGUGUUGGUUGAGUAUGUCACAACACGUUAAAGAUUUUUUCACUCACUUAUCAUUGAGGGGAUCAUAUCUUUAGGUUUUUCAGUGAUACGGUGUACUGUUAAGCCUGGUGCGUCCUACAGGGACACGAGUCUACCUUUCCUACAAUACAAAUAGUGUCAGUAUUUAAAACACAGGGUUCUUACCACAAAAUAUACCUCAGAGUAAACGCAGAGUUGCUGUAAUUCUUGUGGUAUACUGUACGUACUUGACCUUUUUACACAUGAAAGGUACGGAUCAAAGGUUUAUAACUCUCACCACUCAUUCGAAUGGAUAAUAUGGCCUGACUUAAUCUUAUUUGGAAGCUAAUAUUUUGUAUUGAUUAUAACUGGCAUUUUCCGUUGGUUUGUGAUCAGAUGCCAACAGUUAGAGGUCUUGAUUUCCGUGCUUGGCAGCAUUUUGUCGCAGCACAGAGUUAGGACCAAGAUCAUAGCCUUCAUGGGAUCUCUUAAGCUAAUUUUGGACUUUCGUGCUCAACAGAAGUCAGACUAAAGAGCGGCGUGACAAACUGAGAAGUGUCUGUAUGUAUGUUUCAUUAUAAAGGAAUUAUUUGAGAAAUACGGCACACUUUGAUGUGCCUUUUUAUUUGAGCCUUUUGUUGAUGUUAUUUUCUGACAUAAACUGCCUUUUUCCUUCGCCUUUUCAUGUUUCUCGCUAUAGCGGAGUGUGAAACUCCGAUACUAUGUGUGCUUUUACUUUCUCUGCCUAGGGCACGUGAAAGAACACACCACUGACGAUGUAUAACUCAUGUUUUUGGUUUAUUUUCAACUGAUUUAAAAGGACAUUGCCAGAAAACUUGUAAAAACGAAGAGUAACAGGUGUUUGGCAAGAGAUCAGAAGCACUGUACAUGCAAAAAAGUGGUACAGUUAUGAGAAAGUGAUUCAUUAAGCAAUGGGGAAUUAAAACAAACAUAUGGCCACCCUGACUGUUUAUCUUUUAAAAUGUAUAUUGCUUGCUAUCUACUUUGCUGUAUGUUUGUUCAUUUUAGACACUAACCGAUAAUGAAUGUAUGUUUUGCUGUACAGGAAAUGAAUGUCCCAAUGUUGCAGUGCAUUGAAUGACCCCCCUCCCCUUAUAAUAAUGCUUAUAAUGCAGCUGUGAUUGGUGAGAUGACCAUUUUGGCACAAUAGGUCCAAAUUACCACACCGGUUCCCAACUAACUUCUUCGAUUAGCUUCAACGACUACAUUGCUAGUACUUUAUUUUUGUUGUUGUUGUUGUUUUGCUGAGGCCAGUUCAGUCACACCAAGACACACGGAACAGAUUUCAAUUUUCCACAUACAAAUCCGAAGUUUUGCGCUAAAUCAAAGGUCUUGCGUUAUCCUCAUGAAUGACUCUAAAGUCUCUUGACAAUUUAGAAAGUGGUGAUUGCUUGAAAGUGAGCAUCAAAGUGCAUAUUCUACUUUAACAAAUUGAUUACAUGUAAGAUAUAGGGAAAUAAUCUAUAUUUGUUAUGUAAUGUACAUGGUGUGUAUUGUAUUUGUAAAGAUAAACCAUGUUUUACAGCGAGACCUUGUACAAGGAUGUAUGAAAAAACAGGGACGGAUCCCAAGUAAAAAGAAAUUAGAUUAUAUAUCAAAGUAUUUGCUUACAAUACGGCUUUAAGUGGAUGUUUUAAAAACAUUUUAAGGUGCCUAAUUUGUCAUACUUUAGCAGACGUUAUUUUACCUGAGAAGAAAAGAAAAGUUAAUGUUAGUACCGUACAGUGUAUUAUCGCCAUAGCCCGCUGGCUGCACAAGUCGAGUAGUAUUUUCUCUGAUGUAUAGUAUGUGGAUGCCCAUUGGGGAAAGCUUUAGAAGCAGAAAUGUGUCGCCCUCUUAUUAUAUUUCUCAAACAAAGUAAUAAUGUAUUUUUGCCCGUUCUUGAGCACACAUGUAGAUUAACGUCAGAUCUCUUUGCCUUCACGUGUCCAAAGCAAAUAAACUGAAGGUUUUUAUUUUUUUUUUUUUUUUUGGUUUCUUUUUUCUAAAAGCAACGGACAUGCUGUAGUCAUGUACAAAACGUGCUGUGGAGGAAAUUGUGUUUACAUUAGUUUGAUGAAAUGAAGUGUGUUAGGGCAUAGUUGCUUUGAACAUUACGACUUGGUGCUAUGUUUAACUUUGUGGUGCUGUAGAAUAGAGGUCUGAAGAUAAUUUUGUUUCUGUUUCAACAAGCCACUUUUUUAUUUGCUUUGGUUUAUUUCUACACCUGUGUUUGAGCAGCUAACCUAGCUAACUGGUUAGCUGCUAGCUUAGCUCCGGUAGACUUGUCUUAAUCAUAACAGUGUGACCACAGUGAUAGACAGUACUGGAACGUAGACAUAUAACCUCGAUUAUUAGACUUGUGACAUUCAGUGAACUCAAAAUGACCUGUUUUCUAUAGUGUGUUUGCAAUGUCUGUCUGUGCUUCCAAGGUACCCUCACUAAAAUAUACUUCUGGUGAUAUUGAAAAUGCUAACCCAGCCUAAAUGGAGAAACAUAGCCUGACUUAGAGUAGUAUUCACCACGGGACAUAUGGGGGAGAGUCUGAGAGCACUGUCAGGUCGGUUUUGGGAUCUUUUUCUACACACUUCCUGUAGCUAACAGAAAUGUUUUUCAAGCACACUACCGCCGGGGCGUUACCGCCCCACAUCACCCCACCAUCCUUUUUUUUUCACAGAGGAAUUCUGGUUAGUACUGUACACUAUAGCCAUGAGUAGUCCACACGUGCAUUUCUUCUACUGUUGGAAAGUAACUGGAACCCUCAUCCAUCCUUCCCGCCGGUUUUUAUAAAACAGACGUCGUCUUCCGGGCUUUUUUCUCACAGUUUGAACCGACACAUGUACAGCGUUUAAGAGGGCUGCUUUGGAACGUACUGUUAGCUAACGUCUUCAGUUCUGGGUUUUUGUUUACUUUUGAGUUUUUUUGUUUGUAUUUUUUAUUCUUACAGCUUUUAGUGCAUCACUAGUUGCUGGUAGGAUGAUACCUACAACAGAUUUGAUUUAUUAUUGUAUUAUUCUUGCAUGUAGAGACAAUACAAAAAAAACAACGCCUAUUUAGCAAUCAUUCAUGACCAUUCGAGCGAGUUGUCAUUGGACAAAAAAAAAAAAGAAGUAUGUUCUAUAAUCUGUUAUUUUUUUUUUGUAUUUUUCAUGUGUACCAGCACUGAAAAAACUAGAAUGUAUUAUUAUCGUAGGCUACAAUAAGCACUACAUCGUUGACUGUUUUAGCUAAAAUGCUCAUACUCAAGCAAACCCAGUAGUGCUGAAAGGAAGAAUAUUUCUCACGUCUCAUUUCACUUCCAUCCACUGAACUCUGUGCUGUACAUCACAUGUUUACAUGUUUCUGUCUUUAAAAGUCUAUCUUUUGUUUUUGCAUACUGUGUCUUCAUGAUGUUCAUAUGUAAAUAUUUCAAACAAAAGACUUUUUUCCACUUUUCUCUUUUUUAAACAAUAACCUGAUUUUCAUGUUUUCUCUUUCUCUCUCUCUUUUGGACUUGUCAUUCUGUCCUGUCAUUGCAUCAGGUAUUUAUGCUUCACAUAACUUUUUGUAAGCAAUUAACUCAUGCUGUAUGGUGCUGUACCAAAGCCUUACGUCAAAUAUUUGUAUUAUUUUUCUCUAGUUUGCCACUGCUGUCCAGUGACUUCUGUACCAUCUGAGAUCAUGUCUUACUCACUUAUCAUGCUCAACUGCCAUGGAUCUUAUUUCUUUUCUUGAAUAAGUGGAAACCUGAACGAACGAUGACAUUAAAAAAUGAAAUCAUGCAAACACAUUCUCUGGCCUGGAUGUACAGCAACAGUCGCCAUCGCCAAGCCUUUAUAAGGGGAAAUGCACAGGCUAAUUCCUGGUGGCUCAUCAUGACAUAGACAUGGGCCUAGCACAUGAUCUAUGCUCUAUCAAUGGCAUGUCUGUGAGAAGAUGAAAGCAGUGCUGUUCUCAUGUCACCAUAUCAUUUCAAAUGCUUAGUCCUAUACAAAAUUUUCCUCUCAAAUUUUUGUAUUUUGAUAUAAUAAAAAACAUCAAAAGAG